GUGACUGUCCUAGGUGGCCUUCGCUUUCUCCCCUCCCCCUUCUCGGAAACCCGGCCCCCUUACCCCUCGCCCACCCCAGAGCCGCGGUAAUGGACCGUUUGGGUUCCGGAGUUCCUUUGGAUCCGAUCACUGGUACUUGGCCAGCGAGAGCUAGUGGAGUCCGUUUUUGUUGGCGAAGGCAGAGGRCGGUCAAGAUGGGGGGGUGGACUCUAGGAGGGGGGCGGGGCGGAGAAGGGCGCGGGGUGGGGGGGGUGGAGAGGAAGUCACGUGGGACGCGGUGCGGGCUGUGUGCGCGCGGUGCCUCAUCCGUCGCCCCGCCCCUCCCCUCCCUGCGGGCGGGGGGCUGGGGGAGGGGCGUCAAGAUGGCGGCGGGGAGGUAGGCAGAGCCGGACGCCGCUGCCGCUACCGCCGCCGCCGCCUCCGCUCCAGUCGCCUCUGGCUCUUAAAGCUCUCACCCCUGGGGAGAAGCUGUCCUGGCAUCGGGUCCCGCGAGGAAAAUGGUGGAACCAGGGCAAGAUUUACUGCUUGCUGCUUUGAGUGAGAGUGGAAUCAGUCCAAAUGACCUCUUUGAUAUUGAUGGUGGAGAUGCAGGGCUUGCAACUCCAACGCCUACCACUCCAGUUCAGCAGUCGGUGCCACUUAGUGCAUUAGAACUAGGUUUGGAGACGGAAGCAGCAGUUCCUGUUAAACAAGAAUCAGAGACGGUACCUACUCCCGCACUGUUAAAUGUGAGGCAGCCUCCAUCUACUACAACGUUUGUGUUGAAUCAAAUAAAUCAGCUUCCAACCUUGGGAUCUACAAUUGUAAUGACUAAAACACCACCUGUUACAACCAAUCGGCAAACCAUCACUCUAACAAAGUUUAUCCAGACUACUGCAAAUACACGCCCUUCCGUCUCAGCACCAGUAGUACGAAAUGCCAUGACUUCUGCACCUUCAAAAGAGCAGGUUCAACUGAAGGAUCUACUCAAAAAUAAUAGUCUUAAUGAACUUAUGAAACUGAAACCACCUGCAAAUAUUGCUCAGCCAGUUGCAACAGCAGCUACUGAUGUAAGUAAUGGUACAGUGAAGAAAGAGUCUUCUAAUAAAGAAGUGGCAAGAAUAUGGAUAAAUGACAUGAAAAUGAGAAGUUUUUCCCCAACCUUGAAGGUUCCUGUUGUAAAAGAGGAAGAUGAACCAGAGGAAGAAGAUGAAGAAGAAAUGGGUCAUGCAGAAACCUAUGCUGAAUAUAUGCCAAUAAAGUUGAAAAUUGGCCUACGUCACCCAGAUGCUGUAGUGGAAACUAGCUCUUUAUCCAGUGUUACUCCUCCCGAUGUUUGGUAUAAAACAUCUAUUUCUGAAGAGACCAUUGAUAAUGGCUGGUUAUCAGCUUUACAGCUUGAAGCAGUUACAUAUGCAGCCCAGCAACAUGAAACAUUCCUACCUAAUGGAGAUCGAGCCGGCUUCUUAAUAGGUGAUGGUGCAGGUGUGGGAAAAGGCAGGACGAUAGCAGGAAUCAUCUAUGAAAAUUACUUGUUGAGUAGAAAAAGAGCAUUAUGGUUUAGUGUUUCAAAUGACUUAAAGUAUGAUGCUGAAAGAGAUUUGAGGGAUAUUGGAGCAAAAAACAUUUUGGUUCAUUCAUUAAAUAAGUUUAAAUAUGGAAAAAUUUCUUCCAAACAUAAUGGGAGUGUGAAAAAGGGUGUUAUUUUUGCUACCUAUUCUUCCCUUAUUGGUGAAAGCCAAUCUGGUGGUAAAUAUAAAACUAGGUUAAAACAACUUCUGCAUUGGUGCGGUGAUGACUUCGAUGGAGUGAUAGUGUUUGAUGAAUGUCAUAAAGCAAAAAACCUUUGUCCUGUUGGUUCUUCAAAGCCAACCAAGACAGGCUUAGCAGUUCUAGAGCUUCAGAACAAAUUGCCAAAAGCCAGAGUUGUUUAUGCUAGUGCCACUGGUGCUUCUGAACCGCGCAACAUGGCCUACAUGAACCGUCUUGGAAUAUGGGGUGAGGGAACUCCAUUUAGAGAAUUCAGUGAUUUUAUUCAAGCAGUGGAACGCAGAGGGGUUGGUGCCAUGGAAAUUGUUGCCAUGGAUAUGAAGCUUAGAGGAAUGUACAUUGCACGACAGCUGAGCUUUACUGGAGUGACCUUCAAAAUUGAGGAAGUUCUUCUUUCUCAGAGCUAUGUUAAAAUGUACAACAAAGCAGUCAAGCUGUGGGUCAUUGCCAGAGAGCGGUUUCAGCAAGCUGCAGAUCUGAUUGAUGCUGAACAACGAAUGAAGAAGUCCAUGUGGGGUCAGUUCUGGUCCGCUCACCAGAGGUUUUUCAAAUACUUGUGCAUAGCAUCCAAAGUUAAAAGGGUUGUGCAACUAGCUCGGGAGGAAAUCAAGAAUGGAAAAUGCGUCGUAAUUGGUCUGCAGUCCACAGGAGAAGCUAGGACUUUAGAAGCCUUGGAAGAGGGCGGAGGAGAAUUGAAUGAUUUUGUUUCAACUGCCAAAGGAGUUCUACAGUCACUCAUUGAAAAACACUUCCCUGCUCCAGAUAGAAAGAAACUUUAUAGUCUGCUGGGAAUUGAUCUGACAGCUCCAAGUAAUAACAGCUCACCCAGAGAUAGUCCUUGUAAAGAAAGUAAAGUAAAGAAGCGGAAAGGUGAAGAAAUAGCUCGAGAAGCCAAAAAAGCACGAAAAGUUGGUGGCCUUACUGGUAGCAGUUCUGAUGACAGUGGAAGUGAGUCCGAUGCCUCUGACAAUGAAGAAAGUGACUAUGAGAGCUCUAAAAACAUGAGCUCUGGAGAUGAUGAUGAUUUCAAUCCGUUUAGAGAUGAGUCUAGUGAGGAUGAUGAAGAUGAUCCCUGGUUAAUCAGAAAAGAUCACAAAAAAAACAAAGAUAAAAAAAAGAAGAAGAGUAUAGAUCCAGAUUCUAUUCAAAGUGCCUUAUUAGCAUCAGGUCUUGGAUCAAAACGACCUAGUUUUUCAUCUACACCAGUUAUCUCACCUGCUCCUAACAGUACACCAGCUAAUAGUAACACCAACAGUAACAGUAGCCUCAUAACAAGUCAGGACGCUGUGGAAAGGGCCCAACAGAUGAAGAAAGACCUACUGGAUAAAUUGGAAAAGCUUGCUGAAGACCUGCCACCUAAUACUCUGGAUGAACUUAUUGAUGAGCUUGGUGGUCCAGAGAAUGUUGCUGAGAUGACUGGCCGCAAGGGGCGGGUUGUGAGCAAUGACGAUGGAAGCAUAUCUUAUGAGUCAAGAUCUGAACUUGAUGUGCCUGUGGAAAUACUAAAUAUCACAGAAAAACAAAGAUUUAUGGAUGGAGAUAAGAAUAUUGCUAUCAUCUCAGAAGCUGCUAGCUCAGGUAUUUCAUUACAAGCAGAUCGGAGAGCCAAAAAUCAAAGGCGAAGAGUUCAUAUGACUUUGGAGUUACCAUGGAGUGCUGAUAGAGCAAUUCAACAAUUUGGAAGAACUCAUAGAUCAAACCAAGUCACUGCUCCCGAGUACGUCUUUUUGAUUUCUGAGUUGGCGGGAGAACAAAGAUUUGCAUCUAUUGUUGCUAAAAGACUUGAGAGUUUGGGGGCCCUUACACAUGGAGACAGGCGAGCAACAGAAUCCAGGGACCUGAGCAGGUUCAACUUUGAUAAUAAGUAUGGAAGAAAUGCUUUAGAAAUUGUUAUGAAAUCCAUUGUAAAUUUGGACUCUCCUAUGGUAUCACCACCUCCAGACUAUCCCGGAGAAUUCUUUAAAGAUGUUCGACAAGGACUGAUAGGAGUUGGCCUGAUCAAUGUAGAAGAUCGUUCGGGAAUUCUUACUCUUGAUAAAGAUUAUAACAACAUAGGAAAAUUCUUAAAUAGAAUUCUGGGCAUGGAGGUGCAUCAGCAGAAUGCAUUGUUUCAGUAUUUUGCGGACACACUUACUGCAGUUGUGCAAAAUGCCAAAAAAAAUGGAAGAUAUGAUAUGGGAAUCCUAGAUCUUGGUUCUGGAGAUGAAAAGGUGAGGAAAAGUGAUGUUAAGAAGUUUCUGACCCCAGGAUAUUCAACUUCUGGCCAUGUAGAAUUAUAUACAAUUAGUGUAGAGAGGGGAAUGUCUUGGGAGGAAGCAACCAAGAUUUGGGCAGAGCUGACAGGACCAGAUGACGGCUUUUACUUGUCACUGCAAAUAAGGAACAACAAGAAAACUGCAAUCUUAGUUAAAGAAGUAAACCCUAAAAAGAAACUCUUCUUGGUUUAUCGACCAAAUACUGGGAAACAGCUCAAAUUAGAAAUUUAUGCUGAUCUAAAAAAGAAGUAUAAGAAGGUAGUCUCAGAUGAUGCCCUGGUGCACUGGUUAGAUCAGUAUAAUUCAUCUGCAGAUACUUGUACUCAUGCUUACUGGCGUGGCAAUUGCAAAAAAGCAAGUUUGGGAUUAGUUUGUGAAAUAGGUCUUCGCUGCCGCACAUAUUAUGUAUUGUGUGGUUCAGUGCUGAGUGUGUGGACAAAAGUUGAAGGUGUUCUCGCAUCUGUCAGUGGCACAAAUGUGAAAAUGCAAAUAGUUCGGCUAAGAACAGAAGAUGGACAACGGAUUGUAGGUUUGAUCAUUCCAGCAAAUUGUGUAUCUCCUCUUAUAAAUCUCCUAUCAACUUCAGACCAGUCUCAACAGCUUGCAGUCCAACAAAAACAGUUAUGGCAGCAGCAUCACCCGCAGAGCAUCGCCAACUUGAGCAACGCAUAAAGAAAAGAUAGGUUUCAACACGGAUGUAUCUGAAAUGCUGUGGGAGCAUAUCAUUUGCAUAAAAAUCAGGGACAGUUUCCAAAGAAUUAUAUAUUUUUUUCAGUUGUGCUCUCUGUAGUUAAUUUUUGGGGGAAUAAGGACAACCUGGAAUAGAUAAGAAAACUGAAAAUCAGCAGUGCUGUUGGUGGUACAUGUGUCUUUCCUUUUGCUUCUUUUGGGACUUUUCUGUAUGCUUUUACUUUGGGUGAGCAGAGGAGGAUGUGUGUGCACGUAUGUUCUGUGUGUGUGUGUAUGUGUGAGAGAGUGAGUCUGUUUGUGGAUUUGUUAAAGGCUACAAACCACAAUCAUUUAAAAUGCUUGGAACUUCCCAAACUGGCUUUAUUUUCUGUUACACAGUGCUCAGGGUUAACACAGUACAUCCAUGUCAUUGCUGUGGGAAUUAUCCCCAGAUGCAUGUGUUUCAAGUCUGUAAUUAUAGAAAAUAUAUAUUGGUUUCUUUUUCCAACUUAAACAAUAGGUUUACUAAAGCAUGAAAUGAAAGGUUGCAUUAUCAUGCAUUCGGGUUCUUCUGUAGUUUUGUUUUGACCGUGCAUGUCUUUGAAAGCAUGCGUAAACAAGAUUAACACAGGAGUCAAGUAUCAGAGAGAAACAUUUUUAGGUGUACAGCAUUGGUCAUUGCAUUUUUAUAGUGUUUAUAUCUGGGUAUUGCUUCUAACCCUGCAAACCCCCCUCCCCCAUCUUCUCUUGCCCCAGGUUUCUUGUCAAGAUAAUGAGUACAUACCUUUUUUGUGAUAAAACUCCGAAAAGUUAAUUUUAAUGUAUUAAUAGUAUUCCUAAUGUGUGCUGCAAAAAAUGGCUAUAAGCCCCUUUUUCUUAAAGUUACAUUUUCCUUAAGGACAGUUUUAGGAAGAAAUACAAUUGGCUUCCAUCUGGCAAACAAUCUUUUUUUUUUUUUUUUUUUCAUUAUCUGAAUUUACUUUGUCAUUCAUGAACAGGAAACCAUACUUGAGUUGUGAACUAGACAAUGAGGAAACACUUGAGGCUUCUGCUGUAUGUGUUUUUUGUUGUUGUUGAUGUUGUUGUUGUCAUUGUUACCCAGUAACUUGAAUAUGUUUAACAUGUUGUAAGACAUUGUAGAGUUUAUUUCAAGCUGUUAAAAAUGGUAAUGUACAAAUGUGAAUAGACACUUAUCUAUAACAUGGGUAAGUUUUGUUUCGCCUAUAAUAGAUGUUUAUAAAAACAAGUGAGGGGACAGUUGGUCUUUUUGUUUCUCCCCCCCGCCCCUCCUUUUUUUGCUUGCACAGGUUGCACUAUUGAAAAUUUGAGAUUGUAUAAACCUGGUCAAAAGCUGCAAGAUACCAAUAUCUUGUAGAUGUUAAAUAAAAAGUUAUUAUUACUAAUGAAGUGGACUCUUGUUUAGGCCCUCACUGGGGACUUUUAGAAAUAGUCUGAUGGGGCUCUGUAGAAGUUGGUAUGGCCUCAGCAUUCCAGGUAGCUUUAGAGUCUGUAUAAAAUUUGCUUAAAUUUGAGGUAUUGUUGAGGAAAGGGUAACAUGACAAUACUUUCGAAAACUGAAUUGUUCCUAUUGUACCUUUUUAAAUUUUCCAGAGAAUUGAGUGAGAUGUGUGUUAAGUGAUAGAACCUGAUGAAAAGUUUAGGGCUUUCAUCUUCUGUUUCUUUCAACCUGAGUUUGGUUAUGUUUACCCAGUAAGUUUUCUUUGGAUUUAUUUAUUCUUAGUGCCUAAAGAACAAAUUGAGAGUCACUCUUCUUGUUGUGUACACUUUGCCCAGUAGACUCUCAUCCUCAGUCUAGUCCACGUGUCUCAGGCGGUUACCCAUAUACAUAUACCCAUCAGUGUCCCUGUCAGAGCCACUAGGUCCAGCUGACAGCCAUGAGCAGAGUUGUGUCCACCUUCAGGAUAACCUCCAAUUUAGUGCUUCUGUUUUUAAGCUGGUGGUAAGGUGAAUGUGAACUGGGGAAGGGAGGCAUAUCUAAUUUGCUCCCUCCCAUGAGAUAAAAUGUUGGGGUCAGGAAAAGUACUAUGAGAUUGUUUGACUCUUCCCCUUUCUGGGUGUGAGGGCAUCUGUUUUAGCAGGUCCUGGCAUUUUAUGGUGUUUUCAGAACAGCAUCAGCAGAAAGAUUCUUCGCUGAUAGUUAAGUGAUACUUCCCUCACUCUACCCCAGAUCAUGCUGUCAUGUUUGUUCUUAGAGUAGUCACCUUGAUACAGAAGGGCCUAUGUAGGUUCUGUUCUUUGUAGAACCUCCUUUUUGUUGUUUAUUUUAAAAAUAAGAUCCAGAAACAAGGCAUCUGAAAGAUUUCCAAAAGGUGACCAGUGUGGAUGGAUAGGAGCUGGGGUGCCACAUGCCCACAUCUGUUGUACAUGUAUAGCACCGAAGGCUAGUGCCCAACCCCUGGAGGUGAAUAUCUGGCGUCUUAUACCAUGCUCCUACAAAAGUCAGCAAGUCUAAGUUGGCCGCCAGGGAAGCUCCAGCAUUCAAGGGCUUCUGUCAAAAAUCAAGUCUUCAUAACAGCUAAUCUGUGUAAAAUAGGUUUGUGUUUUUCAGGAUCUAAAUGCCACGUCUAUACCCAGAGGCCUUGUUAACCCAACGUGAGUCCACUCCAAUGCCUUUUUUCCUCUUUAGCAAUAUGACUCUGAGCAUGUGGAUUUGAUUGUAAAUCAUCAGGGUUUCAGAGUUCACAGUGCCGAUCAUGGUACAAACCACUCCCUGAGUCCAGAGCUGCUCAGUUGUCCUAGUUGGGGAAGUGGUGUUCCCCUCACUCAGCAGCCUCCACACCACAGGUUCUGUCUGCAGUCUAGCUGCCUUAUCCAGAGAGGUUUUCAGUGUUGAAUUCAUGAAAAUAUUAACAAAGUAUUUCUUUAAGCAAAAUUUGAUCAAAAAGUGGAUGUGUUAAGCAAUUUUCCUUUUGCUAAUUUGCAGAUGCUCUUCUUAUCUUCUCUUUACAUGUAUAUAAAUUAGCAAGAACCAGCAUCCAAAGCACUGUAGCGGGGGAAUGGAGGGAGUGAGAAUGUAUUAAUUCAGUAGCACUUCAGAAACCUUUUUGAGUUGCAACAAUGAAGAACCUUUAGUUUUGAGUUUGCUCUAUCUAUAAAGGUAAAAGUUUUAGAUUAUGAAACUUUGGAGGAAUAUAAUCUUUUAGAGCCACAGUGUUUUACUGUAGCCCCUGAGGCAUCGAUUGGCUGGUCUCCAUAUGAUGCUCUAUUAGAACAACUUCUAACAGGGAAGAAAAGGGGUGCCAGGACACCUCUUACACUUAGGACCCCCACCCCCCUUUCCAUUUUAGCAUGAGGGCAAAAAGCAAUAGAUUAAAGUGAUAGCUGCAUCUUACAUUAUGAAGGUAGGGACAGAAGUUCCCUUCAGGUCCUUUUCUUAGUAAGAUGGGUCUUAUCCAGGUAAUCUCAUUUUAAAAAUGGACCUAAGCUGUACUGGGUAGUUUCUAAGAAUGGUGCUAUGAAGGAGCUACUGUUGGGCUGGAUCCAGAUGAGGAAUGUUUUGAUUAGUUCAGGAGUCCCAAUGGCAUACAACCACUGUGACAGUGGGCAUUUGUUGUCGCCCUUGUGUCUUUGGUCUGCGUGGCUAACACCACACCCCAUGCACACUUUGCUGCUGAAUGUAGCAAGUAUUCCUGUUUGGCUGCAGCUCAGCAAGAGCAUUUGCAGAACAAUAAUCCUCAUUCAAGGCCAAUUGUUCAUUACAAAUGCCAGUGUCUUUUAAGUGAAAGAAACAUCUAGAUACCUGCAACUCAAGCUUAUUAGCUAGUAGAUUUUUGUCUGAGUAUGUUGGUGAUAUCUAGAGCCCACUCUCAGAUGUAUGCUGUACUUAUAUAUGUGUACAUAUGUGUGUAUAUAUAGAAAUGAGAGUUCUUUUGAAUUCUGAAUGUAAAUAUUUCUUGUACAUUUGGGACCCUACCUGCUUGUUUUUCCCUUUCCCCUCUUCCCUUCAUUCCUAUUUAUUCUUUUGACUUCCCAAAUGGGGCAUCUUACUUUUUUUUUUUUUUUAAAUAAUUUAGGAAAGUAUGGAAAACUUGUUUUAUUUGAAAUUGUUCCUAUAUUUUGGUAUUUAGUUUUGCAUUUUGCUAUAGAAUUCCUGUCUGGUUUGUGUUAAUGUUUUUCAACAUGCUUGUUUGCAUUUUUAUUACAGUUUUUACUACGUGCAGUGCAUUGUAUUGGGGGAGUGCACUUGAGUGCCAUUUCUGAUGCUGUCAUCAUUCAUGUUCUUUGGAGGCUGUAGUGAGCCUGAUGUUUUCACAUCUUAAAAAAAAAAAUCCCAAAACUUGCUUGAAGCUCCUCUAACUUCUUCAGUGCAUUUGGGAUCAAGCCUAACUCUUCAGGAAACCUGACUUGCCUCUGCCCUUGAAAUUUUCAGGCCUGUACCAAGUCCCAGAGCUCCAGCUUUCCACUGACAGGAACAUCUUUGCACAUUUGAAACAGUGGCUCAUGGCCUGCUGCUGCUGCAGAUUCCUUGUGUUUAUUUAAAGAAGUUGGGGCUGGCUAUACUUUUAAACCAUAUAGAACAAUCAGAAAUGUACUUUGCAGCAAACCCAGCUUUGGGUGCAAUUUGUCGAGCAUGUUUUUAACAGGUGGGAGACAAGCCUGGUAGAAGGUUAACAGGUGACUUUAGAGAAUGUGCAUUAAGGAACAUCUGUCCUCCCUAGGAGAGCACCACCACCAGUGAAUGCUGCUACAGCCUCCAGCACACCACAAUUUCUGUUGAAGGGCCAACCAGUGAGUCUCCUCCGCUGCUGCUCUCCCCUAUGUUGGGGACUUAAUCCCACCCCCCUCCUUGUUCUAAGAAUUAAACCCAGGGCUUCUUAUAUGCUAGGCAAGCUCUCUACCACUGAAUCACACCCCAGUCCUGGGGACUUGACUGGGUCAGACAUGAAGGUAGGAGCUGGGCUGGAGUAAUGUGUUCUAAUAGUGUUAGCAAUAGGGAAGGCCCUGGGCUGGUUUUUGGGGACAGUGGCAAUUAUCACCCAGGAAGCAAAGAUUUUGUGUGUGUGUGUCGGGGGGGUGUUUUGUGGUGCUGGGGAUUGAACUAGAGCCUUGUGUAUUAGAGGCAAGCAUUCUACCAAGUAAGCCAUAUCCCCAGCCCAACAUUGGGUUUUUACUUACAGAUUUUGCACCUUUAAGAAAAAUGUUCCCCUCUAAUUUUCAGGAAAGAUUGCUGUGAGCACUUCCUGGGCCUUUCCUUCAUGUACAAAUUUCAUUCAUUAUUAUUUAGCUUUGUAGACCAGUUGACAUUUCGAUGUUGUCUGCAUUUGGAGACAAUUGGGGCCUGUCACAAAGCCUCCCAGCGUAAGUUGCCCUGCUGUCUUUUCUGCUCCCAGCAGCAGUUGGCCCAGGUGGUUUGCAGCAGCAGGUGGCAGGGUUCAGCUAGGCUAGAUUACCUGUCCAGCAGAGUUGAUAAAGGAGGGAAGCCUGGGAGCUGGUUCUUUUUUAAUUUUGCAAUUUUGGCCUCUUCAGGGCUGAAGGUCAGUCUGCAGGUUCCUUGGGGAGACACAACUGGCUUUUUACAUUUGCAGCCUUCUAACCCAGACCCUGCCCUGAGCAGGUAUCUCUGGCUUGUAGGCACUGAGGGCCUUUCUCAUUGUGGCAGUGUUUGUGGCACUGAAGAGGGUAAAGAAGCUGGAGUCUUCCCUCUGGCUCCCAAUUAGGGGACAGAGAGAGCUUUUUUCCCACAUAGCACAUUGCAGUCUCA